CUCCCCUUGGCCAUCAAGAACCUGGUUUGGAAUUGGUUUUCUAACUCAGGUGUUUCAUCAUCCUUGUGCUUGUUAAAGCUAGAACACAUGAUCAUGCUAAAUCAAUCUUGAUGUAGUUGUCCCCAUUCUUAUAAAGAUGUCAAGUCAACUAUGCCUAUCAUUAUUAAGGCCUUAAGGGGGGAAAGGUUGGAACCUCAAUAAUUUGUAAGCUGUUAGCGUAUUCUUGAAGUUAUCAGAAUGACUAGGAUCUUAAGUUAGAUUCUCUCCUGUUUUGGCUUUGCUAGUAAGGUACAUCUCAGAUAAUGAUAAAUUUCAUAACAUAGAUGCAGCUUUGGAUACAAACCUUUUUCAUUAUUGGAUGUGAUAAGACUUCCAAGACUAGAUGAACAAGAUUUAUCAUCUGGGAGAGAUGAAGCCACAUGCAUUUAAUCAUUGCCAUCAUUGUAUAGAUGAUAAUGUUACAUGGAAACUAGUAGAGAUUCAGAUACUGUCCUAAUUCAACACCCCAUAGAAGAAAGCUAUGAAAAAAAAGUUAGAGGGAAGCGUGAAAUGAUUAAGAGAAAACAUGAAUGAAACAAGUGAAGAGAAACAGAAGCAUAAGAGAAGGGCAAAGACAAGCCAGAGAAAAAUUUGAAGCCAUUGAAUCUCAACAAACUCUGCUCAUCAUGACCAACAAGUAGAAACCCUCCUUGUUAAAUUCAUGCUCAAUGGCUUCAAAUUUUUCCCCAGCUUUCCUCUUCCUUUCUCUGAAGCUUGUUGUGCUCCUCACUUAUCUCUUCCAUCGUUUCUCUAAAUCAGAUCUCUGUCCUCCAAAAUCUUUUUUCAUGGCUGUUGUAUCUGGGUUGCUGAAUUAUAAACUAAAUCAUUUUCUCUUUUGAUUCUCAUGUAACAACAAAACAUGAAUGAUGAUUCCCCUAUCAGGAACAGAAAGCAAGGCUGAAUCAGGAAGAACAAUAAACUGAUUUCUCAAGAGGUUAAUUACCAAUGUCAGGUCUAAUUUUCGGUAGUCAUGGCAUCUAUUUUUAGUGUUGUUACUGUUAUUUAUGGUGUUGUGGCUCUUGCAUGGAAAUUGAAGGAAAUGCUGAUUUUCAAGUCUCACUUGUGGCGAUAUGAUUGAGCACACAAGAGAAGAAGAGUGGAAAACGAGCAGUUGGAAGAAAGCAGUAUUGCUUUU